AUGGAGGCCGGUGCCGUCACAGCUCUGUAUCCCGCGCACCGAUGCAAAACCAUAUACCUGGUGAGGCAUGCCCAUGGUUUUCACAACGCGGCAGAAGAGUCGGAUAUUAUAGACCACACUUCACCUACGCUGCUUGAUGCUCAACUUACCCCUUUGGGCUGGAGCCAAGUUGAUUGCCUGCGAGAGCAUGUGACGAAAUCUGGACUAGCAAAAAAGAUUGAGUUGGUUAUUGUUUCCCCUCUAAUGAGGACUAUGCAAACUGCAGUGGGGGUCUUUGGUGGUGGGAACUAUACUGAUGGAGUAAGUGCACCCCCAUUAAUGGUAGAAGGUGCAGAAGACAGUGGACGUCAGCCGAUUUCAAGUUUGAACUGCCCACCGUUUCUUGCAGUUGAGGCCUGCAGGGAGAAGUUGAGUGUUCUUACCUCCGACAAGAGGAGCAGCAUAACAAGAUACCGUACUCUCUUUCCUGCCAUUGAUUUUUCCUUGAUAGAGAAUGAUGAAGAUGUUCUUUGGGGACCUGAUGUCAUAGAAACAGAUGAGUCUGUUGUUGCCAGGGGCAUGAAUUUGUUUGACUGGUUAUGGACAAGAGAAGAGAAAGAGAUUGCUAUUGUCACCCAUUGUGGUUUCUUGUAUCACACCCUGAACACGUAUGGUAAAGAGUGUCAUCCAACCAUAGUAGAGGAACUGCGCAAGGUCUUCGCCAACUGUGAGCUCCGGUCGAUGGUGUUGGUUGACAGAAGUUUUCCUCGCCUGUAUAUUGUUGUCAUUUGGCUUAUUAACCCUCUAUGUUUGACGGACAUUGCUAGGGGCCAUUUCAUCGUCAAGCUAGAGUAUAUAAAAACUCGACCCAAGGGGAGAGAAAUCCCGAAGGCGAGCUUGUUGACGAGCUUCCAAUUCCAAACAAGACGCUGCAGCAAAUGGCCGCUACCGUGA